CCCCAAGCAACGCAAAACCCACAACGCUCCAAAUCUAAAGCUCACCAGAAAAACCACCGGCCAUGUCCAUCGCCGCCUGCCUUUUCACCCCUUCACCACCGUCCUUCUCCCCUCCCCCCUCCAUCACCCCUAAACUCCCCGCCACUUUCCCUCUACACCUUCGUCUCCGCCUUUCCUCCUCCUCCUCUGUCUCCACUCUCCACCACACCCGACCUUCCCCGUUCUUAGCCUCGUCCGCAGGCGGUGAUGGUGGUGAUAUCAACAGCAACGACAACAACUCCGGUGGCGGCGGCGGGGGUAACGACGACAAUGGGAAACACGGGGGUGGUGGCGAUGAAAAUGCGGGUGAUAAGAACAGGAAAGAGACGAUGAUCGUGCUGGCGGAGGCAGGGAGGUCAAUGGAGAGUCUUCCGAAAGACUUGGCGGCGGCGAUCCAGGCCGGGAAGAUCCCCGGGUCGGUUAUAGAGAGGUUCUUGGGGCUCGAAAAAUCGGGGCUUAUGAGGUGGCUGAUGCAGUUUGGUGGGUUUAAAGAAAGGCUUUUGGCUGAUGAUCUUUUCUUAGCUAAAGUUGCCAUGGAGUGUGGUGUCGGCAUCUUCACCAAGACUGCUGCAGAAUACGAACGCCGCAGAGAAAACUUUUUCAAGGAGCUCGAAAUCGUUUUUGCAGAUGUGGUAAUGGCCAUAAUUGCAGAUUUCAUGCUUGUUUAUCUUCCCGCUCCUACUGUCUCUCUCCGGCCUCCUCUCGCAGUCAGUGCUGGAGCUAUUUCCAAGUUUUUCUAUAGCUGCCCCGACAACGCUUUUCAGGUUGCUCUUCCUGGUACUUCGUAUUCACUUCUGCAACGAUUAGGUGCAGUAAUGCGUAAUGGCGCAAAGCUUUUUGCAGUGGGCACCAUUUCUUCGCUGGUUGGCACAGCGAUCACGAAUGCUUUGAUCAAUGCUAGGAAGGCGGUCGAUAAGUCGGCUGCGGAUGAAGUUGAAAAUGUUCCCAUACUAUCCACCAGUGUUGCCUAUGGUGUAUACAUGGCCGUUUCGAGCAACCUCAGGUACCAAGUGCUGGCUGGUGUUAUUGAACAACGGAUUCUGGAGCCAUUGUUACACCAGCACAAGCUUGUGUUGAGUGCGUUAUGCUUCGCUGUUAGAACCGGCAACACGUUCUUGGGUUCUCUAUUGUGGGUGGAUUAUGCUCGAUUGGUCGGAAUCCAGAAGGCUCACGAAGAGGACAGUGCACAGCAUAGGUAAGUCUGAGAAGGUUUAACGUCGGAGCUCGAAACAACCGGUAGUGGUGGCGUUGGCCAUUGGUGGAAGGCUUUGGCUGCCUCCAAUGGCAGUUUCCAUUUAAAUACAAAUACAUUUGUUAAGACAUUUUCUCGUAAAAGAAAGCUGUUCUUUUUCCCGAAAUAAAUGUUAAAUCAAAAGGAAUAAAUUAAUUAA